GGCAACGCAUCCACGUAGAAAACAAACGGACAACAGUAACAUUGUCGACGUGCAUACUUAGUUAUUAUUUAAUAGUUUUAAAAACGCAACGAAAUGCAAUAAAGCAAAGUGAUAAACGCACCGACUGACGCGCUGACUGGGCCAGGGCACAGCCAUUGGUGCCCGUUAACAAGAAAAUAACAAAAACAAAGGACAGCAAAACAGACAGCGCAAGGCUGCUCAAAAAAAUAAAAAAAAAAAAAACAAUAAAAAAAAUAGCAAAACAUAUAGACGGGGAGAGGAAGCGAGACUUGCGAUAUGUUGAGUGGCAAGCGAACAAGUUCACGCCAUGUCAUGGUGGUGCUGCUAAUGUGCCUCUUCUGGUAUAUAAUCUCGUCGAGCAACAAUGUCAUAGGCAAAAUGGUGCUCAAUGAGUUUCCCUUUCCAAUGACGGUGACACUGGUGCAGCUCUGCAGCAUCACGCUGUACAGUGGGCCGUUCUUUAAUCUAUGGCGCAUACGCAAGUAUCAGGACAUACAGCGCUCCUACUAUUGGCGGCUGAUAGUGCCGCUGGCGCUGGGCAAGCUGCUUGCCUCCGUCACAUCGCAUAUAUCGCUGUGGAAAGUGCCAGUAUCCUAUGCGCAUACGGUAAAGGCAACUAUGCCGCUCUUUACUGUUGUGCUGACGCGCAUUUUCUUUAACGAGAAGCAACCCACACUGGUGUACCUUAGUCUGCUGCCCAUUAUUACAGGCGUGGCCAUAGCCACAGUAACGGAAAUCUCAUUCGAUAUGCUGGGCUUAGUAAGCGCCCUCAUCUCCACCAUGGGCUUCUCCAUGCAGAAUAUUUUCUCAAAGAAGGUGCUCAAGGAUACGGGUAUACAUCACUUGCGACUGCUGCAUUUGCUGGGCAAGCUGUCGCUGCUCAUCUUUCUGCCCUUUUGGCUGUAUAUGGACAGCUUAGCUGUGCUACGUCACACGGCCAUUAAAAAUCUUGACUAUCGUGUUAUAUCACUGCUCUUUGCCGACGGCGUGCUCAACUGGAUGCAGAACAUAAUUGCGUUUAGCGUCUUGUCGCUGGUUACGCCGCUCACUUAUGCCGUCGCCAGCGCCUCCAAGCGCAUCUUUGUCAUUGCCGUUUCGCUGCUUAUACUGGGCAAUCCUGUUACCUGGGUCAACUGUGUGGGCAUGACGCUGGCCAUUGUCGGUGUGCUGUGCUACAAUCGCGCCAAGCAGCUUACCAAGUCGCGCUCAGAGCUGCCCACGCAGGUGCAGAGCAGUCAUGUCAAGUACACACAGCUGCAGCAUAAUGACUCCUUCUAUCGUGCGCCUAUGAAUGGCAACAUAGCCAAUGGUCUGCAUAAGAUGCAUGCCACAUCCUCCUCCUCCUCCUCCGCCUCCUCCGCGGGCAAUAGUUUGCUGCUCAAUGGCAGCGGCAUGCCAAAUGGCAGCGCCACGCGUUUGCUUUUCGUUUAGUUUGUAGUUCGUUUGCUUAAAUGUAAUUUAGCUAAAUUGUAUUCCAUUUGAUUUGCAGUUCAUUCUUAUCAGUUUCUUCACAUUAUGGGCAUUGAAUAGUUUUUUGUUC